UUCGCGAUGGUAUUUGUUUAGUGAUUAUUUCUAGUUUUUUUUUUUUAUUUUUCGUAUACAAUUGAAUAUGUGUAAGCGUCAUCAACUACCUUGGAGAGUAAAUUUUAUUUAUUUUACAACGUAAUACCAAUGCUUGCUUUUAGUGGCUUCAAUGGCUUCGGCCAGUUCGGCGUUGAUAGUCAGCGAAGCGGAAACGCAUUUACAGAUAUCACUUUGGAAAAGUCAUUGACCGGCGAACAAAGCGUUUUACAUGUCGCAAUCAGUUGGAGCUACACCGCUUUUGCUAUAGGAAACCAGCUUAUAUUAUGUGGUUUCUUGUCUAGCACACCAUAUUCCACAUUAUGUCUACAGAUUUCGGAGUGCAUAGUACAAUUAGCGGCCUGUGAUAGAUUCUGUUUGGUGUUGUGCAAAAAUGGCAAAUUGUACAAAGUACGCGCCGAAAACGAGGCCCAACUGCAAGAGGUUAAGCUCGAGGCCGAAGUGCAAGCGUUGCCCCAGAAACGAACUAUUUUCGGCGAAAUGAAGAAAGCUUCAACGCAAGCAGAGCAUGCUCAUAUUACACAUAUUGCGUGUGGUGCUAACAUCAAUGUGGCUAUUAGCGAGGCAAAUGCCGUUUAUAGCGUGCCGAGUAAAAUUCAUCAAUUUUCCAAACAUUUUCGGGUGAAACAACUACAAUGUGGAUUUGAACAUGCGGUUCUACUUAGUGCUAAUGGAGAUGUCUACAGUUGGGGUAAUGGAUUUCGCGGUCAACUAGGACACGAUGUGCUGCGUGUUGAAGAGACACCACUGCUGAUAGAGGCGCUCGCUGGCAUUAAGAUUAAUUUCAUUGCUGCUGCUGGUUGGCACAGCGCAGCCAUUUCGGCAUUUGGUGAUCUCUACACUUGGGGUUUCAACUCAAAUGGUCAGUUGGGCAUACGCAUGUUCAAAGCCACGUCGAGUGGCAAUCUCAAACAACCGACAGUGUUUACUUUGCCACAAAUUAUCGAUCUGCCAGCGUGUAAAUGCCUUCGUAAGAGUGCUGGUGUAGAAAGUGUUGACCACUUGGAAUACACGGCAGUGGAAUGCACACCUCUGCGUAUAUAUGCAGGCGCACGCCAUACGCUGCUGCAAAUGAAUUGCGGUGCACUUUAUGCUGCUGGCUGGAAUGCACAUGGUCAACUCGGUUUGGGGCGUAAAGUGGAAUACUGUGAUGAAUUUGAGCAUGUUGAAUGUGCAGAAAGUGAUUUAAAAGAUAUGCAAAUAGUGUGUGGCUCAUGGAGUACUGUUAUUUUUAAGUACAGUUGACGAAUAAAUGAAGAUGGACUAAAUAAUAAUUCGAUUGAGAGUGUAAAACUAUUCGAGAAUUGAGGUUAUGCUAAGAGUCUUUGUGCUAAUGACUGAAUUAAUUAACAAAUACUUAAAUUAGUCAGUUAUAAUUGCUUAUUCUUUUCUUUGUAAAAGUAUAUUAUCUAUGGACAACUAAUUUUCAAUUCAUUGUAAAAAUAGCACUCAACAAACAUGCAUGACAUGUAUCUACCAAGCUACAGUUAGUGAUUAAUGCGU